CCCAACAUGGCGGCAGGUCUGAACCUCCAGCGUACCGUCGACGGUCUGCUUUACCUUAACCUGAGUAACCAGGGUCUGACGUCCAUCCCGGAGGAGGUGUUUGAUAUCACUGACCUGGAGUCUAUAAAUGUGUCCCACAAUAAACUAACCAGCAUCCCGGAAGCAAUCGGCCGUCUGCAGAAACUUUCCCGUUUGGACGCUGGCGGCAACAAGCUGACAAGUUUGCCACAGGCAAUCGGUACCUUGCCGAAAUUGACACACCUGUACGUUUAUGACAAUAAAUUGACAAAGCUUCCAACAGGAGUUUGCCUGCUGCUAAACCUUGAGGUGUUGAGUGCCUUUAAUAACAACCUCUCCACCUUCCCUCCUGGUGUGGAGAAGCUGCAGAAACUGAGAGAACUGUACGUUUAUGAUAAUCAGCUGACGGAGGUUCCCCCAGGGGUGUGCUCGCUCCCUAACCUUGAGGUGUUAAGUGUCGGUAGGAACCCCAUCAGACGUCUCCCCGAUGACGUCACAAGACUCACCAGGCUGAAGGAUCUCAGUGUGCCCAACUGUCAGUUUGAUGAGUUCCCCAGACAGGUGCUGCAGCUGAAGACACUGGAGAAACUGUACGCAGGGGGCAACAAGUUUGACAUUGUCCCAGGUGAAGUGGGAAACUUACAACACCUGUUGGACUUGGCAUUGGAACAUAACCUCCUCAGAACCCUGCCGAGCACCAUGAGUCACCUGCACAACCUACGGGAGGUUCUACUCCGGAACAACAAGUUCGACACGUUCCCAAAAGUCCUGUGUGAACUACCGGCCAUGGAGAAACUGAACAUAAGUAACAACAACAUCACCAGACUCCCAACCGCCCUUCACCGAGCAGACAAGCUGAAGGACUUGGUUGUUUCUGGAAACCCCCUGACAUACCCUCCACAGGAUGUGCGUACACAAGGAACCGACGGAACCAUGGCCUUCCUGAAGCAGGAGGCUGAGAAAGGUUAG